AACAAGAGGCCCGGAUCCCGGAAACGCGGCGAAAACCUCGCGGCAGAGGCGCAGAGAGGGAAGAACUAGCCCGGGCCCGGCGGCGCUGAGUCCAGUAUGGAAGGGUUCCACCCUUCAUAUGUGGGAAAAGGUGUUGCCGCAGUCGCCUCUCGCCAGCUCGCCCGGGGAAAGAGAACGCGCGCGAGCUCGGGCGUCCCCGCCCCAGCCUUUCCCGGAGCCAUGAACCCCAACUGCGCCCGGUGCGGCAAGAUCGUGUACCCCACGGAGAAGGUGAACUGUCUGGAUAAGUUUUGGCAUAAAGCAUGCUUCCAUUGCGAGACCUGCAAGAUGACACUGAACAUGAAGAACUACAAGGGUUAUGAGAAGAAGCCCUACUGCAAUGCACACUACCCUAAGCAGUCCUUCACUAUGGUGGCUGACACCCCGGAAAACCUUCGCCUCAAGCAACAGAGUGAGCUCCAGAGUCAGGUACGCUACAAGGAGGAGUUUGAGAAGAACAAGGGGAAAGGCUUCAGUGUGGUGGCAGACACACCUGAGCUGCAGAGAAUCAAGAAGACCCAGGACCAGAUCAGUAACAUAAAAUACCAUGAGGAAUUUGAGAAGAGCCGCAUGGGCCCCAGCGGGGGCGAGGGCUUGGAGCCCGAGCGUCGAGACUCCCAGGACAGCAGCAGCUACCGGCGGCCCCCGGAGCAGCAGCAGCCCCACCACAUCCCGACCAGUGCCCCAGUUUACCAGCAGCAGCAGCCGGUGGGCCAGUCCUAUGGUGGCUACAAGGAGCCGGCAGCCCCCGUCUCCAUACAACGCAGUGCCCCUGGCGGCGGCGGGAAGCGGUACCGUGCUGUGUACGACUACAGUGCUGCUGAUGAGGACGAGGUCUCCUUCCAGGAUGGGGACACCAUCGUCAACGUGCAGCAGAUUGAUGAUGGCUGGAUGUAUGGGACGGUGGAGCGCACAGGCGACACGGGGAUGCUGCCUGCCAACUACGUGGAGGCCAUCUGAGCUCCGGGCGCCCCACCUCUCCUCCUGGGCGUGACCAGUCCACCCUUCAGUGUCUGUUUUUUAAAAUCCAUGACAGCUUGUGAUUCC